UUUAAGUUUUAUGCAGUGUCUGUACAUUUUCAAAAACAUUUAAUGUGAUCUUUAUUUUAAGAUUUUAUAGCCUUUUCCAGUUGCUUUAGGGAAUCAUCUGCAGUUUGUAUUGUUUUUUGUUUUUAGCAAAACCGGUAGACAGUAAGUACGGAUCAUCUGAGCCCAAGAAAGAGUUGGGUUUGGGAAGCCAGUAGCCUGAAAAGACCAUGUUGUUUCUCCUAAUACUAAAACUGGAUUUUACAACACAGGCAGGGAGAAUUGCUUUUAUGUAGUAGACUUGGUGAGAGAAGUGGCCUAUGAAUAGAGAGAUGCCAGACCUCAGCUGUACAAUGGGACCAAUACCUCCUCCAACUGGUGAAUUCAGCUGUGAGACCCCCACGUCCAGAUUAGAGACGAUGAUUACUUUUGGUAGAUACUGACCUCAUAGAGGUUUCCAGGGAAAAAAACACCCAAACAUAAUUUCAAGAAUUCCAAAGCAAUUUGACAAUUCCGAUUCCAGUAGAAGUUUGAUUUGAAAGGCAACUCCAUCUACGCCUUCUCUUUUGCCUUUGUUUUAUCAGUAAUUAUGGUUUUCUCAAAAAGUAGAAAUGAGUUAUAAAGUAUAUCUUAAGGAUUUUAGUUUGGUUUGUUUUGAAGAAUUGGUUAAUUGGCUAGGAUUUUUCCCCUUUCAGUAGCUUGUUGCAGGUCCCAAUAGCUAGGCAAUAUUGAGAUAAUAUUAAUAGUAAAUAAAUAAGCUCUUUAUAAGAGAUAUUAUUUGAGGAAGGGGUUGUGAAUAUAUAAUAAACAGGAAUACAUACAUAAAGUUUUCUCUGAACCUACCUUUGUGAACAAGAGAAAAGGUGAUUUUUAGCCAUAAUAGUGUACAAAGUAAUGAAUAACGAUCUCUAAAGAUAUUUAAAUCUAGAAACAAAGCAUAAAUAUUUUUAUUCAAAAUGGAUUGAGUUUUGAUGCCUGAUGCUUUCAAGAGUUCUUUAUUAUCAAGUGGCUUGUGGAAGCCUAUCCUUAAUCAAACAUGUAUUUCCCUCAGCAUUUCAUUAAAAAGGUACACAUAGGUAGGUUCACAUUCCCCCACAUUGAGGGGGCAGUGAAACAGAAACUUGAUAGAAAUAUUAAGGAGGGUAAAAAGAUAAAGCCACCGUGGCACCUGGCCUCCCUCUUUCACUUCCUUUCCUAGCUCUGCCCCACUGAGAUGUUCUUCAAGAAGAUGGAGGAAGCUGCUGCAGUUAGGGUUAUCACCCUGGAUCUGGCUGCUCCUCUGGAUCAGUGGCUCAGCACUGAGAAUUCCUUUCCCAAAGCCCAGAGCUGACUUGUCACAUUCAACUGCUGUCAGGAGGUGGGCAGUCUUCUCUCCAGGCUUUCUUUCCCAGGAAGGCCCAGAAGGAAGCAGUGAGCAGGGAGGAACUUGGAGAGUGCCCUGUUCCAGUGGACACACCCAGGGCUGUCAGGGGAGGUGGUGCCCUUUGGGAUGGGGUGUAGAGAGAGGGAUAGGGAGUUGGAAUCCAGAGAAGAGGGUGUAGGGGCUGACUGCAGUCACUGACAUUGUCUCAGUACAGACCAACCUAUGUGGUUCAGAAGUUGUUUGGUGUUAGCUUUCUCUCUUCAGAUGUUAGUGUUCAGGGAAUGCAUUUGAUAAGUUUAUGGUUUGCUAACAUGAGUAUGAUACACAGCUACAUUUUUGGGUGCUGAAUACAUAGGUAAAUAAAAUAAGGAGCCAAAUGCUGAGAUAGUUGUUGUUUUACUGAUGAAUUGAAGCUAGCUUAAUUGGCUAAACUGUUAGAGUCAUUUGCCCAGACUACUCCAGGUAGCAACUUUUGUUUGGUGUACAAAAAAAGUACUUGGAAAGGUACAGUAUUAAAUUAAGGUGUGGAAGGCUCACUUGUGCUUUCAUCUCUCUUGGUGAUGCUGGAAGGAAAGGAUAGGAGAUGAGAGUCAUUUCACCUUCGCCUGACUCCUCCUCUUCCUCUCCCUGCCCUGGAGCUGCAGCUUCAGCUUUCAGAGUAGCUCAGCCAGGCUAGGCCCAGCGGUUGGAUUUUAAAGUAUUGAGUUUUCAGUGUCAUCAGUCAUCACUUUCAGAGUUCCUUUUCAUUUUCAAGGGUACCCAGUCUAACCGUUUAGCUCCUUUUCAAUAGCCUUCCUCACUCACUUAUGCCCAGUCAGGAAGAUUAAUAAUGUUAACUGAUUUACUGUCGCUGCAAAAAGCAUUAGUUAAUUAGACUUUUACACCUCAGUCAGAUGGCAUUAGACACCCUUUGUGCACUUUAACUCAAGGAUGUUAAAGACCUAAAUCUUUCAGAAAAAAAGAAAAGAAAGAAAAAGGACAGGCACUUUUCCAGUUUAAGCUGCAUGUUGGUCCAUGUUAAUUAGGCAUUUGUCCUUUAGUCUGGAGGUGACAAAAAUGCCAGUUACUGUGGUAUUUAACUGACAUCAAACUCCUGUCCAAAUAACUCAGUUGGGCCCAGUUUUUCCUCUUAAUUGGUGGGAAGGAAAACUUCGGCAAACACCCAGAAUAAGGAGGAAACUGUUACUUACAUAGAACAUUUAAAAAUUUCAUUCUGAAGGGUCUGAAGAACGAUUCAAUAUUUUUUUAAUUAACUAUCCAGUUGAGCUUUUUAAAAACAGUAACAACAGAAUCUCCCCUAAAACUUGAGCUACCUAAAAUGAUGAGCUUUUGUGUAGUAAAUGAAAGUUCAGUGAUGGUUGUUAUCCAAGGUCAAAAAGUAGUUCUUGUUAUCCAAGGCCCUUAUAGAUUUAUGUAUCUGUUUAGUACUGUUUUAAAAGUGUUCUGAAAAUAGACACUUAAUUUUCUAACUUAGAGUUACAUUCUUUGUCAAUACCAGAAAUUCACAAGUGGGUUAAGGCACCAAGCAAUACACACAUUUAAAAAAACAAUAUAGGGUGGCUUAUUUUUUUUAAAAAAUGACAUGAAUAUACUGGUUUCUAGGAGUAAUUAGAUGAAACAUGCUUUUUUUCUUUUUUUAAAGCAACUUAUUUGUAAUUGCUGGAGAAGGUAAUCCUCAGUGACAAGAGCGUAGUUUACCUUACGCAUUCAUGAGGUGUGUAAAACAAUACCAAGAAUAAUGAAAAGAUUUUAUUCUAACUGGGAGGUAGCCUUAUUUGACUUUAAGCUUCACUCACUUUGUGUAUGGUUUCUAGCCAAAGGUUCACACAUUUGAGAGCACUUCAUUUUUAGUACUCAACUACUUUUUCGGGCGCUGAAUGAAUGCAAUAUGUUAACACUCCUGUACAGCCCAGAAUUGCUUGGCUGCCCCUUGCCCUGCCUGCCUGGUACUGGCUGAAAAGGUACCAUUGUUUGUUCUGCAAACACUGGGUGAUGUUUGUUUCCAAGGUGACUGGUUCUAUUGCUGCCCUUUAAGCAAGGUGGGGGGGAUGGGAGAGAAAGUAGGCUUUAAACACCUGAGAGCAUCCUGUUCUGGAUACAGUCUGUGUAUGUGUGUAAUUUGAAAUUUUAUUUUAACUGAGGUAAUUGGAGAAAAUGGGAUAGUGUGGAAAUAGGAGGAAAAUACAGUAUCAGUUGCUCCUACUCCAUGCUCCAAGAGUGGUGGCUCUGAGGUGUGACCUUGCCCACGUCUGGGCCCAGCUAGCGCCAGCUCCUCAGUAAGGAGGGCAGCUUGAAAGCAGAAAGCAGUAUCCACGAGUGGUACCAAGAGAAAGAAAAACAAAGUCAACACAGACUCAUUUCCUACCCUAUGUGGAUAUCAGCUACCACGGCGGAGAAUUUCAUAGUAUAUCGGUUGGGACAGAAAAUGGAGUUUUAUAGCAGAGGCUUCUUAGAAGCUUAAAGCCUUGUCCCAAUGACGUCGAGUUCGCCUAUUGGUUUGGAAGGUUCAGACCUGUCUUCCAUCAAUACCAUGAUGUCAGCGGUAAUGAGCGUAGGGAGGGUUGCUGAGAAUGGCGGGAACCCGCAGAGCAUCCGGUCCCCUGCGAAGCCUCCGGGACCAAACCGGAUUGGCAGAAGGAACCAGGAAACGAAAGAGGAGAAGUCUUCCUAUAACUGCCCCCUGUGUGAAAAGAUUUGCACUACCCAGCACCAGCUGACUAUGCACAUUCGCCAGCACAACACAGACACUGGAGGAGCUGACCACUCGUGCAGCAUCUGUGGGAAAUCACUGAGUUCAGCCAGCUCCCUGGAUCGUCACAUGCUGGUGCACUCUGGCGAGAGGCCUUACAAGUGCACUGUGUGUGGCCAGUCAUUUACCACCAAUGGGAACAUGCACAGACAUAUGAAGAUCCAUGAGAAGGACCCUAACAGCGCCACAGCUGCAGCUCCUCCGUCUCCUCUGAAGCGCAGGCGGCUGUCCUCCAAAAGGAAACUGAGUCACGAUGCCGAGUCAGAGAGAGAAGACCCAGCGCCAGCUAAAAAGAUGGUGGAAGUUGGGCAGUCAGGUGACUUGGAGAAGAAGGCUGAUGAAGUCUUUCACUGCCCAAUAUGUUUCAAGGAGUUUGUUUGCAAGUAUGGACUGGAGACCCACAUAGAGACCCAUUCUGAUAACCCUCUAAGAUGUGACAUUUGCUGCGUCACCUUCCGAACACAUCGAGGUCUGCUGCGCCACAAUGCGCUUGUCCACAAACAGCUUCCCAGGGAUGCAACGGGAAGGCCUUUCAUACAGAACAACCCUUCGAUUCCUGCUGGCUUCCAUGACUUAGGGUUCACUGACUUCUCCUGUAGGAAGUUUCCUCGCAUUUCUCAGGCCUGGUGUGAAACAAACCUGCGAAGGUGCAUCAGCGAGCAGCACCGCUUCGUCUGUGACACCUGCGACAAGGCGUUCCCCAUGUUCUCCUCGCUUGCCUUGCACAAGCAGACCCACGUUGCUGCGGACCGGGGCCAGGAGAAACUGCAGGCCAAGACCCUGCCUGGUGAUGCCCCGGACCAGAAGGUCUUCCUGGCCUUGCUGGGCCUGCAGCACACCAAAGACAUCAGGCCUGCCCCCACCGAGGAGCCCCUGCCAGAUGACAACCAAGCAAUACAGCUCCAGACACUCAAGUGUCAGCUACCUCAGGACCCGGGCUGCACCAGCGUGCUGAGUCUGUCUCCUUUUGAAGCUGCUUCCCUGGGCGGUUCUCUCACGGUCCUCCCUGCAACCAAGGAGAGCAUGAAGCAUCUGUCCCUGCAGCCCUUCCAGAAGGGCUUCAUCAUCCAGCCGGACAGUAGCAUCGUGGUCAAGCCUAUCUCUGGGGAGUCAGCCAUUGAGCUGGCUGACAUCCAGCAGAUUCUGAAGAUGGCGGCCUCGGCUCCCCCUCAGAUCAGUCUUCCGCCUCUCUCCAAGGCCCCCGCCAGCCCCCUGCAGGCGAUUUUUAAGCACAUGCCUCCUCUGAAGCCAAAGCCCCUGGUCACACCACGGACGGUGGUGGCCACCUCCACGCCCCCGCCUCUCAUCAAUGCCCAGCAGGCCUCGCCCGGCUGCAUCAGCCCCAGCCUCCCGCCACCACCCCUGAAGCUCCUCAAAGGCUCGGUGGAAGCGGCCUCCAACGCGCACCUGCUGCAGUCCAAGUCCGGGGCGCCGCCAAACGCAGCCACGCAGCUCUUCCUGCAGCAGCCGCGGGUGGAUCUGCCCGGCCAGCCUGAGAUGAAGACGCAGUUGGAGCAGGACAGUAUCAUCGAGGCCCUGCUGCCGCUGAGUAUGGAGGCCAAGAUCAAGCAAGAGAUCACCGAGGGGGAGCUCAAGGCCAUCAUGACAGCGCCCGGUGGCAAGAAGACGCCCGCCAUGCGCAAGGUGCUCUACCCCUGCCGCUUCUGCAACCAGGUGUUCGCCUUUUCCGGGGUGCUGCGCGCCCACGUGCGCUCCCACCUGGGCAUCUCGCCGUACCAGUGCAACAUCUGCGACUACAUCGCGGCCGACAAGGCGGCGCUCAUCCGCCACCUGCGCACUCACAGCGGGGAGCGGCCCUACAUCUGCAAGAUCUGCCACUACCCCUUCACUGUCAAGGCCAACUGCGAGCGGCAUCUGCGCAAGAAGCACCUCAAGGCCACCCGCAAGGACAUCGAGAAAAACAUCGAGUAUGUGAGCAGCAGCGCGGCGGAGCUGGUGGACGCCUUCUGCGCCCCGGACACCGUGUGCCGGCUGUGCGGGGAGGACCUGAAGCACUACCGCGCCCUGCGCAUCCACAUGCGCACGCACUGCAGCCGCGGCCUGGGCGGCGGCCACAAGGGCCGCAAACCCUUCGAGUGCAAGGAAUGCAGCGCCGCCUUCGCGGCCAAGCGCAACUGCAUCCACCACAUCCUCAAGCAGCACCUGCACAUUCCCGAGCGCGACAUCGAGAGCUACGUGCUGGCCGUGGAUGGUGGCCUGGGCCCCAUGGAGGCGCCGUCUGCCGAGGCCUCGGGGAGGGGCGAGGAGGGAGGCUGCACCGCCUUUGGGGACCGCAAACCCCUCGCAGCCUUCCCAGAGCCCCAAAAUGGCUUUCUUCACGGGGGCCCCACCCAGCCUCUGUCUCCACACGUCCCAGUCAAGUUGGAGCCCCCCAGCAGCUUUGCAGUGGACUUCAACGAGCCCCUGGACUUUUCUCAGAAGGGCCUGGCCCUGGUCCAGGUGAAGCAGGAAAAUGUCUCCUCCUUCCUGAGCCCUUCCACCCUGGUGCCCUAUGACUGCUCCAUGGAGCCCAUCGACCUGUCCAUCCCCAAGAACUUCAGGAAAGGAGAUAAGGAUACAGAUGCUCCCAGCGAAGCCAAGAAGCCCGACCAGGAUGCAGGGAGCGGUGAGCAGCCCUCUCUGUGUCCACCCCCCUGCCCUUCCCUGCCAGCGACUUUGGGACCCAGUGGGAUCCUGGGAAGCCCUGCAGGCCCUGCAGCGGCUGUUACAACAGCCACUGCCCUGGAUCCCCAUGCUCAGCCCCUCCAGGGCUCCGUUCAGCUGGCCGUGCCCAUCUACUCCUCAGCUCUUGUCAGUAGCCCAUCCCUCUUGGGCAACUCAGCCCUCCUGAGCAGCCCAGCCUUGCUGCGGCCACUGCGGCCAAAGCCCCCACUGCUCUUGCCAAAGCCCCCCAUGACAGAAGAGCUGCCCCCACUGGCCUCCAUCGCCCAAAUCAUCUCAUCUGUGUCCUCGGCCCCCACCCUGCUGAAAACCAAGGUGGCAGACCCAGGACCCACGAGCGCUGGGAAUAACAUGGCUUCUGAUGGUUUAGGAGGCUCUGUCCCCAAAGCCACCACCACUCCCACCACAAGCCCAAAAGAGUCCACCGACCCACCCCCUCCUGCCAGCAGCCCGGAGGUGGCCUCACCCAUGGAGCAGGGGCCAGGUGGCUCAUCAAAGAAGAGGGGCCGGAAAAGGGGGAUGAGGAGCCGGCCCCGAGCCAACAGUGGCGGUGUGGACCUAGACUCCAGCGGGGAGUUUGCCAGCAUCGAGAAGAUGCUGGCCACCACCGACACCAACAAGUUCAGUCCGUUUCUGCAGACCGCAGAGGAGGAUGCUCAGGAUGAGGUGGCCGCCGACCACCAUGGGCCCAGUGACGAAGAGCAGGGCAGUCCCCCAGAAGACAGGCUGCUGAGGGCAAAGCGGAACUCCUACGCCAACUGCCUGCAGAAGAUCAACUGUCCCCACUGUCCCCGGGUCUUCCCUUGGGCCAGCUCCUUGCAGAGGCACAUGCUCACACACACUGGUCAGAAACCCUUCCCUUGUCAAAAAUGCGAUGCCUUCUUUUCUACCAAAUCUAACUGUGAACGCCACCAGUUGCGCAAACACGGAGUUACCACCUGUUCCUUGAGAAGAAACGGGCUUAUCCCCCAGUCAAAAGAGAGUGAUGUUGGAUCCCAUGAUAGCACAGAUAGCCAGUCAGACGCUGAGCCACCGGCCACGGCAGGUGAAGUGCUGGAUCUCACCUCCAGGGACAAGGAGCAGCCGCCAUCCCAGCAGGGAGCCGCUGAGCUGGGCCAAGGCUCAGGGGACCCCCCGGCGGAGGAAGCCGAGGAGGGAUGGGGCUCCCCUGUGUGUGGGGAAGAGAAGGGGGCCCGGGAGAACCAGCAGGGAGAGCCAGAGGAGGAGCGCGGCUCGGAGGAGAGAGCCGGGGACGCGGAGGAGGACACGGCCAGCAACAAGAGCCUGGACCUGGACCUCGCCAGCAAGCUCAUGGACUUCAAGCUGGCCGAGGGCGCGGCGGGCGCUGUGGGCGGCGGCUCUGCCCCGCAGGACCAGAAGCACGCCUGCGACACCUGCGGGAAGAGCUUCAGGUUCCUGGGCACCCUGAGCCGCCACAGGAAGGCGCACGGCCGCCAGGAGCCGCGGGAGGAGAAGGGUGUGGCGCCUGCGGAAGGCGAGGCGGGCGAGGCCGAGGGGCCAGCGCCCAGCCCUGAGCCCGAGCCCGCGGAGCCCGAGGCGAUGGCGCCGGAGCCCGCCCUGGGCGCGGAGGAGGCCUCGGCGGAGAAGCAGGCGGAGGAGGCCGAGGGCCCUUCCGACGGGGAGGGCGCGGCUGAGAAGAGGUCCUCGGAGAAGAGUGACGAUGACAAGAAGCCAAAGACAGACUCCCCUAAAAGCAUGGCCAGCAAGGCAGACAAGAGGAAGAAAGUCUGCAGCGUGUGCAACAAGCGGUUCUGGUCGCUGCAGGACCUGACCCGGCACAUGCGCUCCCACACAGGGGAAAGGCCGUACAAGUGUCAGACCUGCGAGCGAACCUUCACCCUGAAGCACAGCCUGGUUCGCCACCAGCGGAUCCACCAGAAAGCCAGGCACGCCAAACACCACGGGAAGGACAGCGACAAGGACGAGCGGGGCGAGGAGGACAGCGAGAACGAGUCCACCCACAGCGGCAACAACCCCGUUUCUGAGAACGAGGCGGAGGCGGCUCCCAGCACCAGCAACCACAUGGCCGUCACCCGGAGCCGGAAGGAGAGCGUGGCCCCCGCGGCCAAGGAUUGCAGCCGCAGGGAGGAGAAGGCCUCGGCGGGGCGGGCGGCCGAGCCUGGCCGCGGUGACCCCGACGCGGACAGCCCCGCCGCCCUGGGGCAGGACCUGCUGGAGCCGCGCGGCAGGAGGCCUGCGCAGCCGGCCCUGGCCGGGGACGGGGCCUCGCAGCUCCUGGGGAUGGAGUGACGGCCUGCCCGUCCCUCAGCACACAGACGAAAGCCAGCAGAGCACGGCGUCCAAAUCUGUACUCACGAGGUUUCCUCGCGCCCCGGCUGUCGGGGAGCGA